UUAUAAUAGCAAUCCUGCUUCUAAGAUGACCGGCGUUGACGAUGCCCUUACACAGUUGGUUGGUUCUGAUAGUAGAGGACGAAUGCGUGGUCUGGGUUGCUCGAUAAGCAAAACAGGACUGAAGAAGUCAACCCCUGCCCGUUCAAAGCUACAUAAUAUGGCAAAAGAAAAAGAAGGCCUAGCACAGGAGAUAUUAGAGAUAAAGAAAUCAUUGAUUGAUAUAAAGUCCUGGGUGGGUAUGCAUCAAGAGGCACAGUCUGGUCAAAACCUCCCAUCACCACCAGUGGCUAAAUCUACUCAGGGAUCAUCGGUAUGCAAUUAUAAUUUUGCUAAUGUAAUAAGCUUACAAUUAUAUUAUAAAUGCUAACAAUACUAACGUCAUUUUAUAUGUGUACAUGUAGCCGGAUACGAUAU